UACACUUACAUCCAUGGGACACGAUCACGCCUGCCGGUCAGGUCGAAGAAGUACUUAAAGCCAUCGAUCUGCCCGUGUCCAGCCCAGCUCUUCCUUCCACCAUCAUCAACAUCAACUACAACUUCAGUCAUCCACUGAUCAACCACACAACACUACCAACACUUUUUCAGCACAACCAAACAAUCACAAUGUCUGCUCCAAACGUCGACAAGCCAAAUGAGGGCAUCAUCGGCCAGGCCGUCAACUCUGCAAAGAACGCCGUCAACUACGUCUCGGAGACCAUCCAGGGCAAUGCUGCCGAGGCCAGCAAGGAGGCCAACAAGGAACAGGCCAAGGGUAACGUCGGUGACGGCAGCUUGAGCUCUCGCGCCUCUGGUGCUCUCGGUGCCGUGUCCGACAAGGUCGACCAGCACAAGCACGAAGCUGCUGGCAAGGCUAACAAGGAGGCCAUCUAAACUUCUCUCACAUAACCACCGCAUACUUGAUGGGCAACGAUGCGACGAUCAAAUGCAUUGAGUGAAACUGGGAGUUGGGGGAAACAGGGGCGGGGAUCGUGAGUACCACGGCCUGAGAACCGGAGUGGGAACCAUUUUGCCGUCAACCUAGAUACCUGCAGAUACCAUCACCACCACCAUUCAAUAUGACGAUAAUGAGAAGAAGUUAAAUCA